CUCUCUCUCUCUUUACUCCCACGUGUUUACAGCUCGCGCGGUUUGUCCUGCCAAACUCCAGUGGACCCACUUCUCACCGUUCCACUCUUUGUCCAGAGACCCCGGAUCUCAGCAGCAUGUCCACUGAACUCGCUCUCCUGAGUGUGUCUGAUAAGACAGGGUUGCUGGACUUUGCGAAGCGGCUCGUGUCGGUCGGAUUGUCUCUGGUGGCCUCGGGCGGCACCGCUAAAGCUCUGCGAGAUGCCGGACUCACAGUGAGAGACGUGUCUGAGCUCACGGGUUUCCCCGAGAUGCUCGGCGGUCGCGUUAAAACCCUCCAUCCUGCUGUUCACGGAGGAAUCCUGGCCCGAAAAACUCCGUCUGACCAGGCUGACAUGGAGAAACUCGGCUUUAAUCUUGUGAGAGUGGUCGUAUGUAACCUGUAUCCUUUUGUGAAGACGGUUGCGUCCCCAAAUGUGACUGUAUCUGACGCAGUGGAGCAGAUUGACAUUGGUGGUGUUACUCUCCUCCGUGCUGCGGCGAAGAAUCACGCCCGAGUGACGGUGGUCUGCGACCCAGCUGACUACGAGCUGGUGGCCAAGGAGAUGGAGGGCUCGGGUGAGAGCGACACGUCCGCCGAGACACGCAAAACUCUUGCACUGAAGGCGUUCACACACACCGCGCAGUAUGACGACGCGAUUGCCGAUUAUUUCCGGCGCGAGUUCAGCAGCGGCGUUUCUCAGCUGUCGCUGCGUUACGGCAUGAACCCGCACCAGAGUCCUGCACAGAUUUACACGCUGAAGCCCGCGCUGCCGAUAAAGGUGCUGAACGGAGCUCCAGGCUUCAUUAAUCUGUGCGACGCUCUAAACGCAUGGCAGCUGGUUAAAGAGCUCAAGAGUGCGCUACUGAUGCCCGCAGCCGCGUCGUUUAAACACGUCAGUCCUGCUGGUGCGGCUGUGGGUGUGGUGCUUAGUGAAGACGAGGCUAAAGUGUGUAUGGUGCACGACAUGCUGAAAGAUCUCACACCACUUGCUACGGCUUAUGCACGUGCCAGAGGAGCAGACCGAAUGUCCUCGUUUGGAGAUUUCGUCGCUCUUUCGGACCCGUGCGACAUUCCUACUGCGAAGAUCAUCUCUAGAGAGGUUUCGGAUGGAAUUAUCUCUCCAGGUUACGACCCCGAGGCUCUGCGUAUUCUCAGCAAAAAGAAGAACGGGAACUAUUGCGUGCUUCAGAUGGAGCCCAGCUAUGAGCCGGAUGAACAGGAAGUCAGGAUUCUGUUCGGGUUGCACCUGAAGCAAAAGAGGAACAACGGUGUGGUCGACAAGCAGCUCUUCAGCAAUGUCGUUUCCAAUGGCACGCUGUCCGAGACGGCUGUGCGCGACCUGAUAGUAGCCAGCGUCGCUGUGAAGUACACGCAGUCCAACUCUGUGUGUUACGCCAAGGACGGCCAGGUGAUCGGCAUUGGUGCAGGUCAGCAAUCUCGGAUCCACUGCACCCGUCUGGCAGGUGACAAAGCCGACAACUGGUGGCUACGCCACCACCCCAGGGUUCUGGGCAUGAAGUUUCGUGCCAACGUAAAACGUGCGGAGAUCGCCAAUGCGAUCGACCAGUACAUCAGCAACACCAUUGGAGAGGGUCCUGACCUGGCUGUGUGGGAGGCCCUGUUUGAAGAGGUUCCCGAACCUCUGAGCGAGGGGGACAGGAAGCAGUGGCUCGGCUCUCUGCAGGCCGUCGCUCUCAGCUCUGACGCGUUCUUUCCUUUCAGAGACAACAUCGACCGUGCAAAACGGAGUGGGGUCGAAUACAUCGCCGCGCCAUCCGGUUCCACCGCUGAUGAGGUCGUCAUCAAAGCCUGCAACGAGCUGGGCAUCACUCUGGCGCACACCAACCUGCGUCUCUUCCACCACUGAACCACAUCGCAACAUCGUCCUGACUGCUGAGCCUGAGGGAAAGGACCAAGACCUCUUAGCACUUCUUUAGCACAUUCCAUUGUUUCACUGUAACUAAUAAAACCUUGUGCUGAAUCACAAUUUGCAUUAUAUUUAACACAAGGCAGAUCAUGUUUCAUAACACUACACCACACCUUCCUCACAUUCCAUCUAUUACACUGUCUGAGGCAGCUGAUGCACCUGGAACAGAAACCAUUAAAAAACUCAAUUGAAA